AUGGGAAAAAAUUCGAGGUCUAGGGAUGAAGAUACUGAAGAGAUGAUGAUCGCAACAGUGACAGAAGAAUCUACAAACCAAACUCGAAGGUACGGUUCUCAUCCGGAUCAUGCACCAAAUGAGGAGAGACUUAGAGAAGAAAGGGGCCAAAAUUUGAUGCCCGACUACUUAGUUGAAUGCCUAGUGUUCAAAGAUUGGGAGUUCCAAACAUGUUACAGGAUGAGCCUCAUUGUCUUCAAGUGUAUAUCUACUGACCUUUGCCAGUAUGAUCGUUACUUUGUUCAAAAGUCAGAUACUACCGGGAAAGUCGGACUACUUUCGGAGCAGAAGAUGACAACUUCCUUGCGAAUGCUUGCUUAUGGUGAUGGGGCAGAUCAAUAUUCUGAGUAUUGUUGGAUGGCGAAAUCCACCUCCAUCGCAGCCCUUCAGCGAUUUUCACAAGGAAUUGUUAAUCUGUACUCAGUAGAAUACCUUCGUGUUCCUAAUGCGGUCAACCUCAGACAACUUCUUGCCAAAGAUGAGAGAAGAGGUUUUCCAAGAAUGAUUGGGAGCAUCAAUUAUAUGCAUUGGCAAUGGAAGAAUUGUCCUUCUGGUUGGGCGGCAGAAUAUAGUGGUAGAAAACAUAUCCCCGCUACCAUCUUGGAGGCAGUCGCAUCGUACGACACCUGGAUUUGGCAUGUAUUCUUUGGAAUGCCCGGGGCAUGCAACGACCUCAACGUCCUGAUGAUUGUCAAGGAUGAACGACCUGAGGACAAUGAUGAUGAGUUUGAGUCCAAUAAUGAAGAGGAUAACAAUCUAAGGCCCAGGAUUGCUGAGUGUAUUAUUGCUUGA